AUUUUAAUUCCGCCUUCCUGGACAAGAACCGCACUCCAGCCCUGAAGCACAGUUUUUGCUCACAGUGACAGAGGUACUGGUUAGCAGAGGCAGGCAGGGCUGAACCAGUGCCAAAAAAAUAAGCUUCCACAUAAACAUCGCUAAGGAUUUUUCUUUGUGACUCUUACCACACACACAGGAGGAAGCGAGCAGAUGAAAAAACAGUGAUGCAGGGGCAGCAAAAGCUAAGAAUGGACCUUCAGGGCGCGAUAAGCUCCCGGCUGCUGGUCUGGACUGUCAUCCUCUUUGUCAACACUGUUACACAAGCUCAGGCCACAGUGCUGAAGGUGUCAAGCAAUCACAUGGUUUACACAUGCCCCGAGGGGGUGAAUGUCACCUUUAAGUGCAGCCUUUCUGGACACCUAAAGGACCGGCAUGAUUUCUUGGCCAAACUUUGGUACUACAGCCGCAGCAAGAACGCUCUGUGCAAGGAGAAGAUGCACAUCCGUAACACCACGGUCACGUGGGAGAACCACAAUCCGAGCAAGGGUCACGGGGUCUACAUGAGUUCCAAUCACCAGGGCAUGUUCUGGGUCAACCUCAGUAACCUGGUUCCAGAUGAUGAGGGCGUUUACUGCUGUGUGGUGCAUGAACUGCACAGAUCACAGCCAAACACACACCACCCGAAAAUCGAGCUGACUGUGUAUGGCACCAUGGAGCUCCAGGUCACCCCAGGAAAUGGAACUCACGUUGCUAAUCAGAAGUGUACUUUUCGUGACCGUACUGAAGUAUCAGAUACAGAAGCCACCACAGCUGCUGCUCUUGCCACCAUGGGAUGUGUCAUCGGCAUCUUGUCUUUGCCCCUGAUUCUGCUCCUUAUUUACAAACAGAGGCAGGGUGCGGCCACCAGGAGACGAGCCCAUGAGCUUGUCCGAAUGGAUAGUGAGGCGAUAGGCGUGGAGAAUCCAGUAUUUGAGGAGAUCCCAGCCCAAAGUUCUGAAGUGAAACCAAGGACACUGGAUAUUCGUCGCCUUCCCUCAGACUCGGACCGCCAUCUCCUCUCCGAACCCAACACUCCGCUUUCUCCCGAGACACUGCCACGGUUCUUCCCAAUACUUGAACUUGUGCCUGACUCCCCAAAGUGAUGCAACCGUGGAGUGGAACAUGCCUUGUUUUAGAUAAUAACCAUAGCACCAGAUGAACAGAAGAUGGUAUGAUCACGGAGAACAAUGACAAAUGGACAUACAAUGAAAUACAUUCUAGCAGCAUUAUGUGCUCAUUAUGUCAUUCUGGAAACUGCAAAUCAAAGAUCUUUUUAAGGUAACUGUGAAUUCCAGCCGAGAUGCAUAUUGAGGAAAAUGUAGGGACAAGUUCAGCACAAUCUCUGCUUUAAUGGACAUUUGGUAUCUUUUAAGUAUGGCGGAUGAGUGAACACAAUUAUCAACUGGUCAUGCAACAACACGCUUGAGUUUAUUGGCGUAAAUUAGUUAAACUGUUCACAAAGCUAAGUGAUUAGCUAGUAUACUGUCUGUCUACUGAUACCCGUACAGAUCUGUCCUCUCUCCUAUCCUCCUGACCCACAAUAACCAGACAUACGUACAGUCACUCGAUCAAUCAGACCCUCAAAACCCAGAUUCAAAGUUAGACCUGGCUUCUGGCAUUGAGGCAUUACUCACAGAAGAAUGUAAGCAGGAUAUGACCACACCAAGUCUUUGGCUUGGCCUUGUCAUGCUGGACAAUGAUGACUGAUCACUGACCUCAAGCCCAAGGUAAAGAGUUCAGAUGGAGAUGCCCCAAUAGGAGCUGACGAAUGAGUGUUCAUGUGCAAAGGGCACAGCCCAUGCUUUCAAGGAGAUGAUUUGAUUAUGUCAAAAAUUAUUCUUCACAGACAGGCAGUACAAACCUAUGCCCUGACAGUAUUUUCUCCAAUCUACCUCUCCAGGAAAUUUUAACCCUUCACUUGGUCUUUGUGUUGUCAUGUCAACAUGAACGUGGUUUGCACUCAGAUGGGGUGGGAUGAGAGAAGAGGGAAUGGAAAGAGGUGAAUGACUUGAUCCAAAACCCAGUGUCCUGUGAAUUUCUCUACUUAACACUUGUUGAAUGUUUCAAUCCCAAAUCUGGCACGAGUGCACAGCAUUGCUGAAAAUACCAGCUUUAAAAUAACUAUUUGCCUGACUAAUCAAAUGAAGUUUAGCAGCACCAUGCAGCAUCUCUAUUGUGACACAGUGCGGUUCGGGCAGUCAGUAUUCUCUGAUUAGCAAUUGAUCACUUUCUAGAACAGCAGAUUCUGUGUCAUCUAAUUAUAAAUGAUUGUCAGUAUUAUGGUUGACAUUGAUUGUAACAUUAAUUUUUAUUUUGUAUAUAAUCAAACAGCAAAUUACAGUCUAAAAUUGUGUUUCGAGUGAAACAGUAUUACUAAAUGAUUGAGACAAUCAAUGCUCAGUUUUAAAACUCAGCACAGUCACUAAAAUGGGUCACUCUGGGGUUUGAUGCAACAAGUCACCAGGACUGUUAAUGAUUCUGAUCCAGUGCUUGGCUAAUGCUAUCAAUACAAACUUCAAACUAUAAAGUCUAUUCUUUUCAAAUGCGCUCUGCUUCAAACAUGAAAAAAAAAGUUUAUGUAGUGCCUUCAGCUUUGUAAAAUUUCCCAAGGUGCUCUCCAACACUGCUUAAAAUAUGUCAUACCACUGCACUGGAGGAGCAUCUUAAAGAGAGUGAAGAGGUUAGCAGAGGGAUUUCCAGAGGGUAGCACCUGGGCAGCUGGAGGUGUGGCUGCCAGAGAUGCACGCAAAGCAGAGUUAGGGUGCCAGGCCAGAGGUGAUCACAGAGAUAUUGGUGGGGUGGGAGAGGGGGUUGACACAAAAUAUCAGAGGGAGAAGAAAAUUGAAAACCUAGCGAAAUUUAGAUGUCUGACAGUAUGCAUUGUAAUACAUCUUGGUGUAUAGAACAAUUGUGGACUGUUAUUCGAGUGAUGUGGCUACACCUUUACCACAUAAGGUGUACAAACGAAGACUGUCUCUUUUUGGAGCCACAUCUUGUUCAGUUUUAAGGCAGAAGACAGCAGUGUGAAAUGAGCAAAGAAACAGGUCAUUUGGAUCUCCGGUGCAGGGAUGGGAAGAGGGUUUUCAUUGUGUUAUUGCACUGGGAGCAACAUUUCUGAUGUGCUCCUGGUCAGGAGUCAUACCCACUGAAACAAGCAGGGGAACUCUAGGUGUGCAGGGAACCAUCUGGGAACCAAAUGUAAUGCAUUUAGCUGAAGCUCUUAGUCCAGGUUAGUGCAGCUAUUUUUCCCUGGAGUGCAUUGUUCAGCGGAGGCAGUUACCAUAGCAACUUUGAAAAGAGAACUUAAUAAAUGCUUGAAGUGGAAAAUCUGCAGGGCCAUGGGUUUACGAUGUCAAAUAGCGUGACUAGUUGUGUAGCGCUUUCAAAUAGCUCAGACAUGACCAAUCAGAGAGGCUACUUUGCCAUUAAUCUUUGAUUUUAUAAUAAAAAGCAAAAGACUGUAGAUGCUGGAAAUCUGAAACAAACACAAGGGUGCUGGAGAAACUCAGCAGGUCUGGCAGCAUCUGUAGAGAGAUGAACAGAGUUAACAUUUUUGACUCUGGUAUGACUCUCCUUUGGAAUGCAUUUCUGAAAAAGAGUCAUACCAUUUGCUGCCUGACCUGCUGAGUUUCUCUAGCAUUCUCUUUGAUUCUGUACAUAUUGUAAAGUGUUAUAUUCAUCCUGUUACUAUCCCAGCCAAUUCUCCUUAAAUUACAUUCGUUUUCCAAUGAAUUAAUUCAAGGUUUGUCACCAUUUUGUUUAGAGGUGGUAGUGAUGGUGGCAUGGGGCUUGCAACUGUGGCUCCUCAGUUAGAUCCACAUAGAUCCACAAAUAAACAGUUUUAUUUGUGGAUCUAUGCAGCCUUAAGUCAAGGCAAUCAGACUGGAUGCAGAAGGUAAAUUGGCACAAACCAAAUCGAUGAUAUUACUUGGAGCUGAAAUGUGAUCUUGACAUUACUUUCAGUGCUGGGCUCUAUUUUAGAAGGAUUGCUUUGAUAAGGACGUUAUAUUCUCUAAAGGACCUGGUGGCAUAAUGGUAAUGUCACUGAACUAGUAAUCCAGAGACUCCAGGCGAGUAGAUUGGGAUGUUGUUUGAUUCCCAGACUGGCUGAUGGUUAAGUUUUAAUUAACUUGAAUUUAGUUAACAGGGAAAAUAACCCGAAUUAAAAGAGAGUGUAGUGACGGCUAUUAAAUCAUGUUGAUUGUUUGGGGGGAAGAAAAUCUAUCUGGUUCAUUUAUACCCUUUAGAGUAGUCAUUCCUGAUGAAGGGCUUUUGCCCGAAACGUCGAUUUCGCUGCUCGUUGGAUGCUGCCUGAAUUGCUGUGGUCUUCCAGCACCACUGAUCCAGAUUCUGCCAUUCUUAACCAGUCUGCCUACAAGUGAUUCUGAAAUGACCUGACAAUGCCACUAAGUGACAAAAAGGGAUUGGCUAACUCAGCAAAUGACAGACACAUUCCACAUCAAAAGUUCCACAACUUAAAAAAGUUGUUCCUGUUUUAUUUUAUGAAAGUUAAACCUAGUUUUUCAUACUGGUGGGGGACUUUAAGAGUGUUCAAGUGGGAUUUGGAAAUAAACAUGUUCUGGUCUUUGUUACAUCUUUAGAAAUUUAAGGAUCAUUGAAACUCUCUGAACCUAAAGUCUAUAUGUGGAAACAGAUUGGGCACACCACACAAUCAGUUGGUGUUUUUCUUUGGGCAUGAGAUCGGCUGAUGAAAUAUUGAUUAGCGAUAAGGCAGAAACUUUAUCAACUGCAAAGGCUGUCCUUUACCUGUUGUUCUUGCUGUUGAGGUUAAAAUUGAUUUCGAAAAACACAAUUAAGCUCUCUGCAAGAUUACCAUCAGGUGACCCAACAAUGCUCAACAGUAAACAACCAGAACAGAGAAGCAUAUUACUGCAGAUGCUCAAUCUGUACUGAAAACAACAAAUGCUGGAGAUCACAGCAGGUCAGGUAGCUCUGAUGAAGAGUUAUCUAGACUCUAAACGUUAGCUUGCUUUCUCACCAUGGAUGUUGUCUGACCUGCUGUGACAAAGAACAAAAGAGAAGCACAGCACACGAACAGGCCCUUUGGCCCCUCCAAGCUUUUGCUGAUCAUUAUGCCCUAACGAAACACAAAAAGCUUCUGCCCCUAUUCGGUCCAUAUUCCCUCCCUCUUCAUGUGACCAUCCAAAUGCCUCUUAAACGUUGCCAAUGUGCCUGCUUCCACCACCUCUUCGGACAGUAUGUUCCAGACUCCUACCGCUCUCUGCGUGAAAA